AUUGGGCUGCAAGGAAGAACCUUCAAGCCGGUUACUUUCUCUAGUCAAUGGUGACUUAUGGUUCAGCUUGCGAGUACGCGAAUGAUUCGCCAAGGUUGUUUGCAGUUUAUAUCAUGCAUAUAUUAAUGUGUCACACAGCAGUCACACAUGGCAUCGGCAAUCGUUUAGGCUAUGCGUCUCAUAUAUUAAUUAUUUUUUAUGAAACUAAGAGUUGAUUUUCUAAAUUAAAUAAAAAAAACCUUGGUGUAAUUUUAAUAAUAGUGGAGAUAUAGUUAUAUAAUCAUAAUAAUUAUAGGUGCAUUAAUUGCUCUAAUUAUCUAAUGUGACUUUAGUUCUCUUAGGAAUUUUAUAUUAGUGAAAGGUUAGAAAUGGUUACAGAACGAAUCAAAGAAAGAGACGACGACACCUAUCCAUAACUCUUGACAUUUCCAGAACCAUCUGUAUCAGUGCAUAAUUGUAUGUGCCAUGAUAUGGUAUGGCAUUUGAAUCAUCAUAGACCCAAAACACCUUUAUCUUCUAUCUCUAUCUAUAAAAAUGCAACCUUUCCCUGCUUCCUCAAGGCACGAACACUGACUGGGUUGAGAUCUUUGGAGAUCAGUGUGCCUGUGAGAGGGGAGAGAGAGAGUGAGAGAGAUGGAGGGGAAAGAGGAGGAUGUGAGGCUUGGAGCAAACAAGUUCACGGAGCGGCAGCCGAUAGGGACAGCCGCGCAGAGCCAGGACAAGGACUACAAGGAGCCACCACCGGCUCCACUGUUUGAGCCAGGCGAGCUCAGCUCCUGGUCCUUCUACAGGGCUGGGAUAGCGGAGUUCAUGGCCACCUUCCUCUUCCUCUACAUCACCAUCCUCACCGUCAUGGGGGUGGUCAAGUCCAGCACCAAGUGCUCGACCGUGGGUAUCCAGGGUAUCGCCUGGGCCUUUGGCGGCAUGAUCUUUGCCCUGGUCUACUGCACCGCUGGGAUCUCAGGUGGUCAUAUCAACCCGGCGGUGACCUUCGGGUUGUUCCUGGCGAGGAAGCUCUCCCUCACCAGGGCUCUGUUCUACAUGGUGAUGCAGUGCCUGGGUGCCAUCUGCGGGGCUGGUGUGGUCAAGGGGUUCCAAAAGGGGCUCUAUGAGAACAACGCCCUGGUGCUCGACCGUGGGCAUUCAGGGUAUCGCCUGGGCCUUUGGCGGCAUGAUCUUUGCCCUGGUCUACUGCACCGCUGGGAUCUCAGGUGGUCAUAUCAACCCGGCGGUGACCUUCGGGUUGUUCCUGGCGAGGAAGCUUUCCCUCACCAGGGCUCUGUUCUACAUGGUGAUGCAGUGCCUGGGUGCCAUCUGCGGGGCUGGUGUGGUCAAGGGGUUCCAAAAGGGGCUCUAUGAGAACAACGGUGGUGGGGCAAACGUGGUGGCUCCUGGCUACACCAAGGGUGAUGGCUUGGGUGCUGAGAUCGUGGUCACCUUCAUCCUCGUCUACACUGUCUUCUCUGCCACUGAUGCCAAGAGGAGUGCUCGGGACUCUCAU